UGCGAGGAUCCGAAGGGCUGUACAUGGUGAACGGGCCGCCCAGUUUCACAGAGAGCACAGCCUUCCAGAGGGACUCUGGAAAAAAUUGCAAAGCUGUUGCUUUCAGCAAGGACGGUUCCCUCUUUGCCUGGUGCAAUGGAGAAAAGGUAAAUAUUGUUAAUGUCACCAGCGCCGAGUUACUGCGUUCCUUUGAUCUUCCAAAGGCAGUUUGCCUUGAAUUCUCACCAAAGAAUAACAUUCUGGCCACGUGGCAGGCCUAUGCAACCGCUAAAGACGGCACAGCGGGGGUGCCCAACCUGCAGCUUCAUGAUGUGAAAACUGGAAAAUGUUUAAAGUCUUUCAUCCAGAAGAAGAUGCAGAACUGGUGUCCGUGCUGGGCAGAUGAUGAAAGCAUUUGUGCCAGGAAUGUAAACAAUGAAGUGCACUUCUUUGAAAACAACAACUUUAAUACUAUUGCAAAUAAACUGCAUUUGCAAAAGGUUAAUGAUUUUGUGUUAUCUCCAGGAGCGCAGCCAACCAAGGUGGCCGUGUACGUGCCGGGCAGUAAAGGCGCGCCCUCCUUCGUUAGACUCUAUCAGUAUCCCAACUUCGGUGGCCCUCAGUCUGCACUAGCCAAUAAAAGUUUCUUUAAAGCUGACAAGGUGACAAUGCUAUGGAACAAAAAAGCUACUGCUGUGCUAGUCAUAGCUAGUACAGAAGUGGAUAAAACAGGUGCUUCAUACUACGGAGAGCAAACCCUGCACUACAUUGCAACCAACGGGGAAAGCGCCGUCGUACAACUGCCAAAAAAUGGUCCCAUUUAUGAUGUAGUUUGGAACCCCAAUUCUGACGAGUUCUGUGCUGUGUAUGGUUUUAUGCCUGCCAAAGCAACAGUUUUCAAUCUGAAAUGUGACCCUGUGUUUGAUUUUGGAACCGGUCCUCGCAAUGCUGCCUACUACAGCCCCCACGGACACAUCCUGGUGCUGGCAGGAUUUGGAAAUCUCAGGGGACAGAUGGAAGUGUGGGACGUUAAAAACUACAAAGUCAUUUCCAAACCAGUAGCCUCGGAUUCCACAUACUUUGCUUGGUGUCCUGACGGGGAGCAUAUUGUGACAGCAACGUGUGCUCCCAGGCUGCGAGUCAGUAACGGUUACAAGAUCUGGCACUACACUGGCUCCCUGUUGCACCACUACGAAGUUCCAUCUAACGAAGAAAUGUGGCAGGUUUUCUGGCAGCCCUUCUUGGAUGGAGUGUUCCCUGCAAAAGCAGUAAAAUACCAGGCAGUUCCAAGUGAACUGCCCAGUGCUGAGCCAAAGCCUGCUCAAGCCUACAGACCUCCAGCCCUCAGAAACAAACCUGUAACAAGUUCCAAGCUCCACGAGAAUGAGCCACCUCAGAAUAUGAAACCACAGUCGGGAGGCAGUGACAAGCCACUCUCUAAAACCGCUCUCAAAAACCAAAGGAAACAUGAAGCAAAGAAAGCUGCUAAACAGGAGGCCAGAGCUGAGGCAAACCAGGACUCUACGCAGUCCUCAGCACCACAGAAUGCACCCCGGAGUGCUGCGCCUGCUGUCACAUCAGGAGAUCCUGAAGUCGACAAGAAGAUAAAGAAUUUAAAAAAGAAACUAAAGGCAAUUGAGCAGCUGAAGGAACAAGCAGCUGCUGGCAAACAGCUGGAGAAAAACCAGUUGGAGAAGAUUCAGAAAGAAACUGCUCUCCUCCAGGAACUGGAAGACCUAGAACUGGGUCUUUAA